GCGCCGGACCCAGCCGAGAAGACGCGGCGUGGGCUGGGCUACCCCGGGCGGCUCGACCUCUCGGAACCGGCGAGUCUCUGGGGAGGAUCACCAGUUGGGGAAAGCCCGUCGAAGAUCCGCUUGGCAAGAGGCGGGAGCUCAGCUCCGAGGCGCGGGGCUCCGUCCAGCGGCAGGGCUGGCGAGCGAGGGAGACGCUUCUCUCGCGCGGAGUGCGAGCCCCCGUGGGCAGGCGGGCGAGCGAGCGAGCUCGGACUCGGCCGGAGUACCAGACCGACGCCGGAGGAGUGUAAUCGCGGGAGUUUAAAGCUGGGAGACUCGGAGCCAGGAGCGGAGGCGCAUCCUGCGCUCCCCGCCGCCGCCGCCGGCCGCCGCCAGCAGCAGCGGCGCCGAGAUCCGAGCCCACCCGGAGCUCGGGAUUGUGUCGCUGCCCCGCCGGGCUUCGGCCUCGCGAUGGCCGCAGCCCGUCCGGGGGCGUCCCAGCUGCUGCUCCCGGUGCUGCUGCUGCUCCUCGUCUUGCCGGGCGGCGGCCGCGCCUUGGAAGAAACGCUGAUGGAUACGAAGUGGGUGACAUCGGAGUUGGCCUGGACGGCUCAUCCUGAGACCGGGUGGGAAGAAGUCAGUGGCUAUGAUGAGGCCAUGAAUCCCAUCCGGACGUAUCAGGUGUGCAACGUUCAGGAAGCCAACCAGAACAACUGGCUGCGCACCCAGUUCAUCCAACGCCGGGACGUCCAGCGUGUUUACGUGGAGCUGAAGUUCACCGUGCGUGACUGCAACAGUAUCCCCAACAUCCCGGGUUCUUGCAAAGAGACCUUCAACCUCUUCUAUUACGAGUCGGAUACAGACUCCGCUUCUGCCUCCAGCCCCUUUUGGAUGGAAAACCCAUACAUCAAAGUGGAUACAAUUGCUCCUGACGAGAGUUUCUCGAAGCUGGAAUCUGGUCGGAUGAACACCAAGGUGCGCAGCUUUGGACCCCUUUCCAAGAACGGCUUCUACCUGGCCUUCCAGGACCUGGGAGCUUGCAUGUCCCUCAUCUCCGUCCGUGCCUUCUACAAGAAGUGCUCAAGCACCAUCGCUGGCUUUGCCAUUUUUCCCGAGACCUUGACCGGUGCGGAGCCAACCUCCUUGGUGAUUGCUCCGGGGACCUGCAUCCCCAAUGCAGUGGAAGUGUCCGUGCCCUUAAAGCUGUACUGCAAUGGGGAUGGAGAGUGGAUGGUACCUGUGGGCGCCUGCACCUGUGCUGCUGGGUACGAACCGGCCAUGAAGGAGACGCAGUGCCAAGCCUGCGGUCCGGGUACCUUCAAGUCGAAGCAAGGGGAAGGAAUGUGCACCCCCUGCCCCCCCAACAGCCGGACCAGCUCUGGGGCAGCGACCCUCUGCACCUGCCGGAACAACUAUUUCCGGGCGGACACGGACCCCCCUGACAGCGCCUGCACCAGUGUCCCCACGGCCCCUCGCAGUGUGAUUUCCAACGUGAACGAGACGUCUCUGGUGCUGGAGUGGAGUGAACCGCGGGACUCGGGCGGCCGAGACGACCUGCUCUACAACGUCAUCUGCAAGAAGUGCAGCGUGGAGCGCCGGCUGUGCAUGCGCUGUGACGACAACGUGGAGUUCGUCCCCCGCCAGCUCGGCCUGACGGAGAGGCACAUCUACAUCAGCAACCUGAUGGCCCACACGCAGUACACCUUCGAGAUCCAGGCUGUGAACGGCGUCUCCAACAAGAACCCGCAGAGCCCCCAGUUCGCUUCCGUCAACAUCACCACCAACCAGGCAGCGCCGUCGGCUGUCCCCACCAUGCACCUGCACGGCAGCACGGGAAGCAGCAUGACUCUUUCCUGGGAGCCGCCCAAGCAGCCCAACGGGAUCAUCCUGGACUACGAGAUCAAGUACUUCGAAAAGCAGGGCCAGAGCGACGGCAUCGCCAACACGGUCACCAGCCAGAAGAACAUGGUGCGCCUGGAAGGCCUGAAGCCCAACUCGGCCUACACGGUGCAGGUCCGGGCACGCACAGUGGCUGGUUACGGCCAGUACAGCUUCCCCAUGGAGUUCCGGACACCAGUGGAGGACGGCUCCAGCAGCAAGAGCUUCCAGGAACUGCCGCUCAUUGUGGGGUCGGCCACCGCGAGCCUGGUCUUCGUGAUAGCGGUGGUGGUGAUCGCCAUCGUCUGCUUCAGGAAGCAACAAAGCAGCACAGACUCAGAGUAUACAGAGAAGCUGCAGCAAUACGUCACUCCAGGAAUGAAGGUGUAUAUUGAUCCUUUCACCUAUGAGGACCCCAAUGAAGCUGUCCGGGAGUUUGCCAAGGAAAUCGACAUUUCCUGUGUGAAAAUCGAGGAGGUGAUCGGAGCAGGUGAAUUUGGGGAAGUCUGUCGGGGCCGUCUCAAGCUGCCUGGCAGGCGGGAGAUCUUCGUGGCCAUCAAAACGCUGAAAGUGGGCUACACGGAGCGGCAGAGGCGGGACUUCCUGAGCGAGGCGAGCAUCAUGGGGCAGUUCGACCACCCAAACAUCAUUCACCUGGAGGGUGUGGUCACCAAGAGCCGGCCAGUCAUGAUUGUUACGGAGUUCAUGGAAAACUGCGCCCUUGACUCCUUCCUGCGGCUGAACGACGGGCAGUUCACAGUGAUCCAGCUGGUGGGCAUGCUCCGCGGCAUCGCAGCGGGAAUGAAGUACCUCUCGGAGAUGAACUACGUGCACCGAGACCUAGCAGCCCGCAACAUCCUAGUCAAUAGCAACCUGGUGUGCAAAGUGUCGGACUUCGGGCUCUCGCGCUUCCUAGAAGACGACCCGUCAGACCCCACCUACACCAGCUCCCUGGGCGGCAAGAUCCCGAUCCGGUGGACUGCCCCAGAAGCCAUCGCCUACCGCAAGUUCACUUCGGCCAGUGACGUGUGGAGCUACGGGAUUGUCAUGUGGGAGGUGAUGUCCUACGGCGAGAGGCCGUACUGGGACAUGUCCAACCAGGACGUGAUCAAUGCCGUGGAGCAGGAUUACCGCCUUCCGCCGCCCAUGGACUGCCCGACGGCCCUGCACCAGCUCAUGUUGGAUUGCUGGGUGCGGGACCGCAACCUGCGCCCCAAGUUUGCACAGAUCGUAAACACGCUGGACAAACUCAUCCGCAACGCUGCCAGCCUGAAAGUCAUCGCCAGCGUGCAGUCUGGCGUGUCUCAGCCCCUCCUGGAUCGCACGGUGCCGGAUUACACUACCUUCACUACUGUGGGCGACUGGCUUGACGCUAUCAAAAUGGGACGGUACAAAGAGAACUUUGUCAACGCAGGCUUUGCUUCCUUCGACUUGGUGGCCCAGAUGACGGCAGAGGACCUGCUGAGGAUAGGGGUGACACUAGCCGGACACCAGAAGAAGAUACUGAGCAGUAUACAGGACAUGCGGUUACAAAUGAACCAGACACUGCCAGUUCAGGUUUGACCGCCAGGGACUCUGGGUUUGGCAUGGACCCACCGGGAACUCUCCCUAGGAUUCUAGUUUGUGGUGCUGCCCAGUUUCCUGAGUUUGGGGGAGGAGGUCUCCUGCCUCCUCCCCUCGCCUUCUUAUUUUCGCGUGGAACUUCCUGGCUUGUCAACAGACCUCUGGUGGAACGCACGAGGAUGAUCCUAGCUUGAUGGAAGGCAUCCAAGGGGGAGGAGAAGCAAUCCCUCCCCGCCCUCUUUUUCUUCUUGUGCUGUGGCACGCCUGGAAUUGUGUGCCGGCAAUGCCGUCUUCAUAUUGAAGACAGAUUAUGCGAGGACGAACUGGGCCUCUAGGGAUGUGGUGGCGCAGUGGUUUAAACUGCUGAGCUGCUGGGCUGUUGAUCGAAAGGUCGACGGUUCGGAUCCGCAGACAGGGUGAGCUCCCGUUGCUUCGUC